AUGUCUGGAUCUGUCACACCUACUGAGAUUACGACAAAAGGACAACGUAUCAGCGUCGUUGUCGUUUCACCAGAGUCGACGUCCGAGUAUUUCGGGAUUGAGUAUAUCCCAAUUAGAUUACUUAGUGUAUCUCCUCCACCUGUUUACAUACAUACUCCACCACCAGCAACGAAACAAAUGAUAACUUCGUCUCCUACUAAUACUAUAUCCAUGGAGAAUCCGGGUGAAGGAAGUAUAUCUGGAGGAAGCUCAACUACCGCCGUUGAUCAAAUCCCUGGUCAAAGAGAUGAUCUGGCUAAACCUUUAAAUCAAACAUAUCAAGAUUGGUACCCUGGUGAUGCUUCACAUGAAGGUAAACCAGCAUGGUGGAAUAAAUUGUUUUGUUGUGGUUAUGGAUUAGGUUGUUUGUUAUGUCCUUGUGGAAGUUGUAAUUGUAAAUAG